AUACAGAACACACACCCACACACAUACAGACACAUCAUAUAUAUAUAACUCACACCACUCGAGUCCAUUCCCCCCCUUAUAAAUCCAACACACUUGGCCGGUGUGUACUUGGAGUCCCGGAGAUCAACCUGAUCUCUAGGCCGGCCGGUACAUAGCUAUACCCCCCAUAUUCUAUCUACCUAUCUAUCUUCACUCCUGUGUGUGUGCGUGCUUAAUUACGGGCAAUGAGGAAGCCGGAGUGCCCAACGACGAAGGCGGCAUCCGGGCCAGGGAACAGCUGCAGCAAUGUGGUUGCGGCGUCAGCAGCCAAGCUGCGGAAGGGCCUGUGGUCGCCGGAGGAGGACGAGAGGCUGGUGGCGUACAUGCUGCGGAGCGGGCAAGGGUCCUGGAGCGACGUGGCCCGGAACGCCGGGCUGCUGCGGUGCGGCAAGAGCUGCCGCCUCCGGUGGAUCAACUACCUCCGCCCCGACCUCAAGCGCGGCGCAUUCUCCCCACAGGAGGAGGACCUCAUCGUCAACCUCCAUGCCAUCCUCGGCAACAGGUGGUCUCAGAUCGCUGCCAGGCUGCCGGGGCGCACCGACAACGAGAUCAAGAACUUCUGGAACUCCACCAUCAAGAAGCGGCUCAAGGUGAGCUCGGCGGCUUCGUCUCCGGCGACCACUACGGAAUGCGCAUCGCCGCCAGAGCCGAAGCUCGACGUCGGCUGCCUCGACCUCGCCAGCCUAGAGGACGGAGGCCACCACGCAAUGAUCAAGAGCACGUGGCGGAUGAUGGACUCGUCCUCCUCGACGUCUUCUUCCUCCUCCAUGCAGACCCGGCCGUCGUCAGCGAUGGCGGCGGCAUCCAGGAGCUACAGCGGCGGGCUCCUCCUCCCGCUCCCCGACCAAGUCUGCGGCGGUGGCGAGACGCAGGCGCCGCCGUUAUUCUUCCAUGACCACCAUCCAUUGUCUUUCAAGCAUGCUUCCGCAUUGCAUGGCGGUAGCUACUACCACCAUGGGGUGGCAAUGGAGGAUGGAGGCGCCGGCUGCUUCAUGGGAGAAGAAGUCGUAGCAGGCGAAGAGAGUGCCCUCUUCAACGUGCCGCCGCCUCUGCAGCUAGAGCCAGCCAUGGCAGCAGCACAAGACCAGACCCUAAUGGCGUCAAGAAACAAGAGCACUACUCCUGAGGCCACCACGCUGAGCAGCAACAAUGGCAGCAACAUCACGGACAACAACGACAACAGCAAGAAUAAUAAUGUCAGCAGUUCUGUGGUCUACUGGCCGGAGCAGCUGCAUGGUCACCAGCAGCAGCAGCAGCAGCACAUGAGCAGGAAUGUCAUGGGGGAGUGGGACUUGGAGGAGCUCAUGAAAGACGUGUCGUCCUUGCCGUUCCUUGAUUUCCAAGUUGAGUGAUGAGACUGACCGGUGGGGCCCAUCUCUCUCCUAGCAUAUAUAUAAAUAUAUACAUUAAAGGUAGUAUAUAUUUUUUUGCCUUGACAUUAUUUCCCCCAAAAUGUACAAGAUUUUCCCACAAGACCAUUUUCUCUACUUUACUUUUGAUCCUAUACAUAUCUUCAAUUCAUCCUUGUAUACAGUUAUUCAUGUCAUGCAAAAAAUAAUUAAAAGGAAGUUACUUGAGAUGUA